AUGGCCUUGAUCGAACCCGUUAUAGCGAAACCCGACCUUGCCUCGAUCGCGCUACUUCUCGUCGUCGUAUUCCUCUCCCUCAAAAUCCUGGACAUGCUUCGUCGAACUCUGGUAUCUUGGGUUUUGUUUUUCUUCCGGCUUGCGAUCUAUUUUACAGUCGCAGUAGCUGGCGUAUAUGUGUGGAAUCGGGGCAUCGACGGAACCGUCGAUGAUAUUCAGCACUGGUCAGGGCGUUGGCAUCAAGAGUGGCAGUACUGGGAGGACCAGGCUGUUGCGGCUAGAGCAUACGACGGUCAAAUGGGCUGGGCCGGAAACCCACUUGCAAGACAAGCAUGGCGAAGAUUUGGUUGGAAUGGAUAA